ACCGAAGGGAGCCUCGGUCAGCUGAUUUCUGUAGGCUCUCGUUUAUAUCGCGGCCUACUGUAGUAUUUACCGUAUACCAAUCUUUAAGCAUAAAUGGUGCUGGCUUUCUUGAUUCUCUCCGUUUCGGAGAAGGCAUCGGGCGUCAUCCACUCAACCGCCUACAGCCUGAACCGAGCGGGAACGUCCCACAGCGACGAGUCGAACACGGUCCGCAAUGAGCCCGACGAACUUGAAGAAGACUGCCAACGCGGCCCGAGCGAAAUGAAUGAAGAACACAAAGCCCAGAGCGACCUUUUCAAGCGGGUGCACCAACACGUCGUCGAAGACAUGAAAUCGGCCUUGCACCACACCUCGAUCGCCGGCGCCGAGGCCUCCCUGCACCCCAUCGAAAAGAAAGGCGCGUUCUUUCUGAACGACGCCGAUUCCCCAGAAAGCAUAGUAGUGUGGCAUUCGUUCGGAGACUGCUGCUUCGUGCUGAUGUGCGACAGCGACGAAAACGUCUCCCUGGGCGGCCAGAUAUUGAGACAGAUAAUCCACAGUAUCUCGUGCCACGUCGUGUUCGUGACGCCGUCCGAGCUGCUCGCGAAGGCUGGACUGGUGCACGCGAUCGUCAAGCUCUAUCUGCCUGCGGGGAAGCUUCUGUUUGUGAAUCAGAACGUUGUGAAGCAGUAUGAACAGUUGCUGCAGAGAGUGGCCGCGUGAAGGGGAGUUUUUAAGCAUCCGGUUUUAUUUGCCGAGUGCGCACUUUAACUAGGGACACGUGACAACUCUGAUUAUUCAGAUGCUAUUUAUUUUUUUAUUGUUUAUUGACACCUGACUUUUAAGCAGAAGCGCUGCUACUAAAACACGGACCAAAUACGUUGCCACAUGCUCAUUUGUAAUCGAUAUCAUGCCGAGAAAAUCGGAAGUCUUUCUGGACUUAUGUUAGCUUGAUAUUCUCUAAACUAUGUGUCUUUCUAGUGUAAAUUAUGUCAAAUCAACCAGUGUGUCUAUGACAAGCGCGGCUGCAGCCUGCAGCCCUACGUAUGUUAGAGACUAGGCAAACACCUUUAGCUGAAACGAAAUGAUUACCUAAAACCGUGUCAGCUGUGCAACAACGAUGUCCAGAAUGCACUAAAUUUGUGAUGAGGUGCCCUGCUGAGUGGAAUAAACUUUCUCUGUGCACAACAG